UAUGAUUCGUAAUUAAUUUUACAGUUGACAUUUUUUUUCCCUAAAUUAGUACUUUUUAAAAGAUAACAGAGAGAAUGUGAACAAAACAAUGGAUUUCAUCACAGGAAACUCUCACAGCCCUGGAUGAGAGACCCCUCCUUGCUAGUGAUAUCUCUGCACAUUCAGUCUUUGCGAACAAGCCCAUUGCAGAUCCGAGAAGACAGGCAAGGCAGCAGAUUCAGCGGGAUUGUUCUCCUCACUUGAAACCGACUGAAAGUGGGAAUCAUGACUGAAAUUCGAUCAGACAAUGAUGGCUCUGCGGUUAUUACUCAAACUAAUCCAAGUGGUAAUUUGCAAGAGUUACCAGAUCACAUUCAAAAUAUAAAAAACACGACUCCAAAGCCUCUCAUCAGCUUCAGCAAAGGAGAACCUAUGGCUCUUGGUGUGACUCAGGUAUUUUCAGGAGUAUUAAUCAUUAUUUUUGGCAUUAUUUUUUGUUUUCUUCCACGAUAUGGAAUUUAUUUCCUGAUCCCUUAUAGCGGUUUACCUUUUUGGUCUGGAGUAAUGUAUAUUAUAUCUGGAUCAUUAUCAAUUAGUGCUGCAGUAAAAGCAACAUUAGGAAAGGUGAGAUCAAGCCUGGUUUUGAACAUCAUAAGCUCAAUUAUUGCAGGUAUUGCAAUAAUACUGCUUUCGUUAGCAGUGGUUUCUCAAUGGUACAGAUUACAUAUUUUCACCUGUUUUUAUUACAAAUCAUCCGUUCACUGUGAAGGCAAUUUUGACCUUAAGAUUGUUGUUGAGGGAAUGCUGGCAUUGCUUUUCAUAAUGACAGUAACGCAGCUUUGUAUCACAAUAUCCACAUCUGUUUUUGGAUGUAAAACUGUGUGCCGGACAUCAUAUAAUGAAACGACCGUAAUAAUUUAUCAAGCCUCCUCGGUGAUAAACGCUGGAAAUAACAUGACUGCUGAUCCUACUACCUUAACCACAGAUGAAUAAUGUAUUGAUAUCAAAGAAUAUCUUCUAGGGAAGAUAUGAUGUUACUUUUUUAUAACUACUUUUCAGAUGCCUAAGUAGUUUUGUAAAAUUUUAAACAUAAAUACAAUUUUCUAUAUCUUUUUUUUUUUGCAGACUAGCAGCUCCUCUGCUGCCAGUCUGCAGUUUCCACUUCGGCUUAGACCAUUUUCCAUUUUUGAGCUAAUCAAAGCAAACUAAUGCUUCUCAUUAUUAAAGCACUAUCAAAGUUGGUAUAUUACUGCUCUACAGCUGUGCAACUCAUAUAGCCCCGUGUGCAAACACCUUCUGCAAACUAAAUUCCUUCCUGAGAUGCUAGGCCUCAUUUUGAUUCUUCAUAACAGCAACUUUUUCAUUAACAUCAAACAAAAUAUCACCAGUUUCCUUCUUUUGACAUAGAUGUUUUCAGUGCUUGUUAUAUAACUGGAAUAUAUACAUUUCACUACUACCAUGCUGCAAAGGGUUAAAGGAACACUAUAGUGUUAAGAGUAGAAAACUGUAUUUCUAACACUAGUGUCCUUCUGCUUCCGCACCCCUACCCCACUGGCAAAGAAGGGUUAAAAACACUUUUUUCCCCCACUUACCUGAUUAUCUGAUCAGGCUCUUCCUCUGCCCAUGUCAUGCUGUGCAUUAGGUUUUCCCAUAGGAAAUCAAAGCUUUUUAAUGGGGUUUUUCAAGAGGCUGGACGUCAUCAUACAAGGCGUGACAUCCAGCGUUGUUUCAUGGAGUUCAACUGCAGGAAGCGUCUCUAAUGACUGUCUGGAAGACAGCCACUAGAGGCAGUCUUAACCAUGCAAUGUAAACAUUGCAGUUUCUCUAAAUAUGCAGGGUUUUUACAUUGCAGUGUUAAGAGGACAGUGACAAUGAAUCCAGGCCACUUCCAUAAGAUGAAGUGGUCUGGGUACCUAUAGUGUCCCUUUAAUACACAGUAAUUGUGGUAGGGCAAACUACAAACAAGAUUAAACAAGUUAACCCUAUCAGGCUCUGCAUUUUAAAGUUUAGUCUUUAAUAACUGUCCCUUCCAGAUGGGGGAACAAAAAGAGAACUACAUUAGGGUCAUAUCACAAUCACAGAAUUCUCCUCCUCCAGGGCCCUAAACUAGACUAAAGAAUGCAACCUAGAGUGUGUAAUACAGAGAGCAGGCACAAUGCAUGGAUUGGAUUUCACCUAAUUUAUCUCUUUAAAGGAAAUCGGGUAAUAGUAGCAGAAAGCUCAAGAAUUGAAUGUACCAGGGAAAAGAUUGAGUAAUUGACUACGUGCAGGGAUUGGCAAGCACUUAGCAGAUGUGGGGGGGGGAAAAGACAGAUGUGUAGACAGCCAGAUACACAUACACGUAGCAGUAAUACUCACAAUGCGUCUCCCUGGCAACCCUCUGGCGCAGGCUCUCUGACUCCCUGCAGCUCAUGUUGCUCUCGGUUGCUCAGUAUUUACCGGGAUUCUAAAAGCCAGUCUUGGAACACAUUGUCUGAAGAGGGGGCAUGGCUAAGCAAGAGUCUGUUGCAGCUUCUGACUUCUGCAGCUCUGCAGACUCUGGAAGCACAUCACUGGACCAACAGGGAGCAUACUGUUGCUAAACCGUUUACCCCUUUACUGGGGAGCCAGGCCACGGUAAUUUGGGCAUCAUUUCCAUUACAGCAGGAUGUAAUGAUGAUCGGUGAUGCUUGGAGUAAUCCUUUAAGUGAGCUACACACUUUUUGAUACUUUCUUGAUUCUACCUGUUUUUUUAUGACUUUGGAAUAUUAAUUAAGCUUACGUGUAAUAUUGUGAU